AUGUCGCUGUUAAGAACUAACAGUAAUGGUAGCGGGAACGGAAGACCCAGUUUGGCAGAUUUCUUGACAGCUCGCCCGUCGGGCCUCGAGGAAUCCGAAUCCUGGGCCGUAUUAUGCCAAGCCGUGCAAGCCUUGCAAGACCUUUUUUUAUCAGAUGGUGCCUUCGGCAGUUCAUGUGUUCCUCUAGUGACCCCUCAAACGUUGCUGUUUUCACUACGAGGGAGGGUGAAAUUGUGCCCGAGCCGACACGUUUUCGAGGGAAAACCCCCCGUACAUCUCAUGAGCUACUUGGCUCCUGAAUACAGAACGAAGAAACAUUUUACUGACACCGAAAUGGAAAAGAUGUGGGUCUUCGCUUUGGGCGAGACCCUAAAAAGGGCCACAUUGACCAGCCACGUCGCCACUUCCCGUUUGAGUGCCGAAUUAUGUCAACUCCUGACGGAUAUGACGCGACUCCAGGCCACGGCGAGAGCUUCAUUGAUGCACCUUUUAGACAUUAUCUCCAACUACUGCGUCAAGCGACAACAGCAUCGACCCUUUUCCCACAUCGUCAUGGAUUUGUACCAAGAAACCGUGUCUGCCUUAGAAGUUGUAAUGGAGUCAUCUUGGGGUCCUCCUGCAAUGCCGCAAUUGCAACCUAGGACAAUAAAUUGGACGGACCCGACGACUGAUAAUUACGGAACGAUUCCGCGGCGUUGGAUGGGCCUGACGCGGGCCCAGGAGAUGAAUUUUCCCAAAUUAACUCGGGAAGCCAGCACGAGCAUGGACGAUUUGGCCUAUGCCCGCGCCGGCACGAUGCCCGGCACGGUGCCCGGCAGCGUGGCGAGGCCCAAGUCGAUGUACGUGGAGGGCCACGGACUUCAUAGUGACGUAAAUGUGAUUAGUGAUAAUAAUUUUUUUAAUCAAAUACCCCUCGAACCAAGGCGGGACGACGACGCUGUUUGUAGAGGUGGAAGCGGCGGGACCAUCGGUAAUAAAGGUAGUAACAACAGAAGACUGAAAGUUCGACGGAACCCAGUACAAAGGGCUGCCUCCCGGCUAUAUAGGGUAAAAGACGAGUCUCAAGCGGGCAACAAUAAAGAGUGCGUCGGGCCCGAAUUCGUCGUUAGGGCUUCUUUGCCCAGCAGACAACUAUUAAUGACCGACGUGAAAGUCAACAACGGAAAAAUCGUUACCAUAAUAAUGCUCGAUGGCCAAAAGUUGGACGUCCUGUGCAAUCCCCAUUCCACAGCAGGACAUCUAUUCGAGCAAAUAAUACAAAAGGAGCACAUUGAAGAGAACUUCAUGUUCGGUUUGUCGGCGCUGAUAUCGGGCGAUUUCGUGUUCCUUCCUUCGGACACGAGGAUCUCGAAGGUGCUGCAGGACGAGCACCACCAGGGCGCCGCUCUGACGCUCUUCCUGCGCGUCCGGUUCUUCCUGCCGUCGCUGCGCGGCUUCAGAGGCAACGAGGCCAAGCACCUGCUCUACUUGCAGCUGCGGAGGUCCAUCAUCGAGCACCAGUUGCCCUGCACCUUCAAGCAAAUCGUCGAAUUGAACGGGUUCGCUUUGCAGGCCGAAUUCGGCGACUAUAAUCCUAAAGAACACGGCCAAAGGGAUUAUUUUUUGCUCGAGCACUACAUUCCCGAGUCGAUGUCUUCUGUUAUAGAAGAUUCCGCGGGAUUGCGACAGGAAUUGAUUAGAGCUCACGUUUCCAAAAGCGGCGUGGAAACGAGAAAAGCGGAGGAAAAUUUUAUAACGUUGGCGCAGUCGCUGCCUCAUUACGGCGGUCAUUUCUACACAGCCACUUGGAUGAACAAAGACAACAACCACAAGGACAUUUGGUUGUACAUCAGCGCCCAAGGGAUGAGCUUGUACGAAAGAGGCAACCACACCAGCCAAUUCGGACCAAUUUUGUACGAAAAAUUCGAGUGGAGGAACAUUCAAACCUUGUGCUACAGCAAGCAAUAUUUAUGCAUCCUCCCACACACCGAUCGCCAAUCUAAAUUCAAGCUUAAAAAGUACAAACUCAAAAUGGACCAGAAGAAGAGCUACUUUACGUUCCGGCUGGCCUCGCUGCACCACCAGUUCUUCAUGCGCUUCCGCACCGAGUACAUCUCGCCGCAAACUCUCUCCCAGCAAUUCGGCAUUCCCCUGAAAGACAUCAAAAACGAGACCAACUCGAUGUGCAAGCUGGACGGUCUGCUCAACACCGAGACCGCCUUCGAGAUCGACUUCAGGACGUCGUCGCGGAUCGGCGGCCGCGCCGGCCGCUUCGACAUGAAAAAGUCGAAGAGCAUCGGCGACUUCAACGAGUCGGUGAACGAGCGCGACCAGAACAAGGAGAACGAAACGACGAAGCGCGCCGGCGGAUUGGUGUUGGAGAGCAAACACCUCUCCGGAUUGCCGCCGAACGGCUCGGCGGACAAGCGGCGAGGCGUCAAGAUGGGCACGAGGGCCUUCUCGAGCUCCAAGGCGGGCCUGUCGCGGUCCAUGGAGGCCGUCAACAAGGAGUAUUUGGAGGAGAUGUCGCUGCAGUCGGUGUCGCUGCAUUGCAGCUCGACGUCGGUGUCGCGGUCGCCCACCGGGAAGUGCACGCCCGACGAGGCUUUCAUUUUGGAUUCGACGAUAAAGCACUCGAGCCAGCCGUUCCUGCCGGACUUCCAGGAGACGGUGAGCGAAUCGCUGCUGGAAAAACUGGACGAUCUGUCGGUGGUCGAAGAGCGUCUGCUCGUCAACGUCUCGCUGACGCGCGACCCGAAGGGCAGCUUCGGCCUCCAAAUAACCGAAGGCUCCGACGGGCACGUCUACGUCCAAUCGGUCAUCGCCGGCGGCCCGGCCUUUUGCACCGGCAACUUCAUCGCCGGCGAUCAAAUCAUCGCCGUCAACGGCAAAUCGCUGCUGGGCGCGCGGUACGAUCGGGCGCUGGACGUGCUGAAGACCUCCGGCGACCGCAUCGAUUUCGUGCUGGCCCGACACGCGCCGGACAGGGCGAAGAGAAGCGCCGGCGGCAGCCCCGUCGAGAAGCACUUGAUCGAGAACUGCCGGGACGCGUCGAACGUGGGGAAAUACGGCGCCGAGGAGGUGCCCUAUCACAAGCACAUUCGGUACGAGAUCGGGCUCGGGCGGUCGCUGUCGAAGUCCUGCACGAGCUUGGAGCGCUCGAACGGGGACCGAGCGGUCGUGGUGGAGAUGAUUCCGAAAGGGAUGGUUGAUUUCGAGGAGGAAGGGUCGACGAGGCCCGUCGCCCUGCCGCGGUGUUUGGGGCUGAGUAGACGGUGGAAGGGCCCGGUUAAAUAUCCUGUCACGCCGGUCAAAAAGACGACGAUAAAUUGUGAUAGUUCGUACUUGUCUACUUCGGAUGAAGAGCAGAUUUUUAUAUGA